AAAAGCCCAUUAAUAAAUUGGACACAGCUAUGUGAAUCAUUUUGUGAAUCAUUUUGUCCAAACUCCAAAAUCAUAAAUAAACAUAGGAUUUGUGUUAGAACAAAGCCUUGUUCUCUCUUCUACCGUCGUUUUGUAUUUGUUGCUUAUUGGUUUCACUCACUUCACCAAAGCCCUCCGUAGACUUUGAAUAUGGAAAAUCUCUGCCCCAUUGCCGACUAAAGUGCAAACUUUGCAUCUCUUUUUCGUCGAAGGAGGCGCAACUAAAACCUUCAACCCUCGACCAAUAUGAAAUCGUGUCUGUAACGCUGCCCAUUUCAACUACCUCCACAAGCUUCGUUUUUUUCUUUUCCAAUCGCAGUUUUUGGGUGAUAAAAUAGUGGGAGAAUCGAGGAAUUGAAAGUUGGGGGUGGAAUCAAUUGAUGGGUCUCGUUUCGAAUCAACGAGGCUCGAGAACAGAGACGAAAACCCAUGAGGGUUUACCAGUUUCCGUUUCGCCAGUAGGUGGUGCAGCGCUUGCGAAGAAGAAAUGGUCGAGCUUGUUGCCUUUAUGUGUGGCUCUUGUGGUUAUUGCAGAGAUCGGGUUUUUGGGGAAGUUGGAUAUGGCGAAGAAUGCAGCUAUGGUGGCUGACUUGUUCUAUGGGUCUCGCGUGGUUGGUGAUAGUGGUGAUUUGGGGUUAGAGAUGGUGGUUGGUGAUAGAAAUUUGGAAUCAAGGAAUGAAAGCUGUGAAGAAUGGUUGGAGAGAGAGGAUGCUGUUACAUAUUUAAGGGACUUUGUUAAGGAACCUGUUUUUGUUUCUGGUGCUGAACAGGAGUGGACGUCAUGUGCAGUGGGAUGUAAGUUUGGGUUAAAUGGGAACCAGAGACCUGAUGCUACAUUUGGUUUACCUCAACAAGCUGGAACGGAAAGUGUUCUACGAUCAAUGGAAUCUGCACACUACUAUCCAGAGAACAAUCUUGCCAUGGCACGACGGAAGGGAUAUAACAUUGUAAUGACAACUAGUCUAUCAUCUGAUGUUCCUGUUGGAUAUUUUUCCUGGGCCGAGUAUAACAUCAUGGCACCGGUAAAGCCAAAAACUGAAAAAGCUCUUGCAGCUGCGUUCAUUUCCAACUGCGGUGCUCGGAAUUUCCGGUUGCAAGCUCUUGAGGCCCUUGAAAGAACAAACAUCUCCAUUGACUCUUACGGUGGUUGUCAUAGGAACCAUGAUGGAAGAGCAGUGAACAAAGUGGAAACUCUGAAGCACUACAAAUUUAGCUUAGCGUUUGAAAAUUCUAACGAGGAGGAUUAUGUUACUGAAAAAUUCUUCCAAUCCCUUGUGGCUGGAACUAUCCCUGUGGUUGUUGGUGCUCCAAAUAUUCAAGAUUUUGCUCCUUCUCCUGGUUCAGUUUUACAUAUUAAAGAGCUAAAGGAUGCCGAGUCCAUUGCCAAGACCAUGAGAUACUUAUCAGAAAACCCGGAAGCAUAUAAUCAAUCAAUUAGGUGGAAGAUUGACGGCCCAUCUGAUUCCUUCAAGGCCCUUGUGGAUAUGGCAGCUGUACAUUCAUCUUGCCGCCUUUGCAUUCACUUGGCCACAUCGAGUAGAGAGAAGGAAGAAAAAAGCCCGGCCCUCAAGAAACGCCCUUGCAAGUGCACUCGAGGGUCAGAAACUGUAUAUCAUAUCUAUGUGAGAGAAAGGGGGAGAUUUGAGAUGGAGUCCAUUUACUUGAGAUCCGGCAAUUUAACUCUGGAGGCCUUAAAGUCUGCUGUUCUUGCGAAAUUCACAUCCCUGAAUCAUGUUCCUGUAUGGAAGUCUGAAAGACCGGAAGUUCUAAAAGGUGGCGAUGAAUUAAAGAUUUACAGAAUACACCCUGCGGGUUUGACACAAAGGCAGGCUCUUUAUACGUUCGCGUUCGAUGGGGAUGUUGAUUUCAGGGGUCACUUGGAAAGCAAUCCUUGUGCCAAGUUUGAAGUCAUUUUUGUGUAGCAUGUGAUGAUGGUAACAUCCCUGCAAUUUACAUGAUCAUGUAACAGAACUUUGACUUAACUGAGGGAUACAGUUUUAGGCCAGCUCAUUGGGGAUUUACAUGCAGAAAAAAUAUAUGACUUCAACCAUAUUCAAACCCCUUUUUUGUAAGAUAAAUGAAAAUCCAUAUUGAAUGUUGA